AUGCGCAGCAGCUUCGGCGAUCACGACCCGAUCGGGGGCGCUGGCCCUGCCGUCGACGUUCGUGAUGACCGAACCCGGUGCCCGACCAACCCACCGCUGCGAGCCGAGAACAAUGUUCGCGAUUGCAUCGGGGAUCGGGCCCGCCGCCAGUGCUGCGGUUUCCGCAUUCGAGAGCGAAAGCCCAAUCCGACCAUGAUCCGGCUGCACGAUCGGGGUGGCAGCCGAUGCCACGCCCCCGCCGAGAACACCGAUUACGGCGAUGCCUGCGGUGAGCACCCGGCUGUGGCCAAGAGCCAGGUCGGAUCGGAGUACACGAACAACGUGUUGUCCGACGUCGCCGUCGACACCGAGAGUUGUGCAUACGAGCGGAUCGUCACCGGCCCCAUGCACGCAUCAACCUUCACGUGCACGUUCUCUGCCGUGAUCGACGCCUCCGACGACUCGAGAUCCCUUCUUCCCCAACGGAAUCGUCGUGAUCGUGCCCGGCGCAAUCGUCGACUGAAUACUCGGAUUCACCGACGCAUCUCACACCCACGUUCGCCGACGGGACACCCGAAAUACUCACACCGACAGACGGGCCGAGCGAAAACCAAGCCCCACGCCAAGUCCGGAGGAAACAUCGAUCUGGCAGCCGAUCUGCAAUCCCUGCUCGACAUAACCGGUCUUCACCGCCGAAUCGCCCGCACCACCGAUCGUGCCGGUCACCUUCGCCGACACGAACCCUCACGGGUGAACGCCGUCGUCGCCAGAUUCGGCACCGGGUUCGACGACAGUUUCGUGGCGGCGGGAUCCAACGACCAGCCGUCAUCGGUGACCGUGCUCGCGAACUUGUCCGCCAACGCCGUCGGCGUUGCCGAUGCGCUCCCUGCGAAGACCACACCAGACGACAGCGCGGCAACCGCACACGCCGCGAGCCCUACCGCGGCCCUCGAUCGACGGCGAGAUGUUCGUGCUUUCAAUUCGGUUGCCAUGAGUAACUCCUACGUCGCGGACCAGCAACCAAUUCGG